GUCAAGGUCUCCAGUCUCCUCCACUCCGACACUCUUCCGCUUCUCUCUGCGAUGCUUGCUCCAGCAUUUCAAAAAGGAGGGAAAUUACCCUAUAACCCUAAAACCCAGACUCUCUCUCCUCCCUCUCUCUCUCUCUCUCUUCCUCUGCCAUUGCCUGAUAUGCAUGGCUUCUUAUAGUUUCCUAAAUUGAUUUUCCGGUCACCUUCUACCUCUUAUUUCAUCACUAAUCUGAUUCCGGAGAAGCUGUGGGUUGUGGAGGUUUGGAAGCUUGGAGUUCGUCACCAAUGGCCAGGCUUCUCCGAAACGCUCUUUCCAUGAAACGUUUCCUAUUCCCGCCACAGAUGGACCGGAGAGGAUUAUUGGGUACAUCUACCCAGUUUUGCAAUUUUUCUUCGAAAGUUAGAAAGAAAUCUAAGUCGGAUGGAAGUGACUCCUGUGAUGAGAAUUUGUCGAAGAAGGAGUUGGCCCUGAAGCAAGCCCUGGAUCAGAUUACGUCCUCAUUUGGAAAGGGAUCUAUAAUGUGGCUUGGUCGAUCCGUCUCUCCUAGACAAGUCCCAGUGGUAUCUACGGGUUCUUUUUCUUUGGACAUGGCACUGGGAAUUGGUGGAUUUCCAAAGGGACGUGUUGUGGAGAUAUAUGGUGCUGAGGCUUCUGGGAAAACUACUCUGGCUCUUCAUGUAAUAGCCGAAGCACAGAAGCAAGGAGGGACAUGUGUUUUUGUUGACGCUGAGCACGCUCUUGAUCCUACACUGGCUCAGUCUAUCGGGGUAAACACUGAGAAUCUACUUCUCUCACAACCUGAUUCUGGUGAGCAAGCCCUCAGUCUUGUAGACACUCUAGUCCGCAGUGGCUCAGUUGAUGUUGUUGUUGUUGACAGUGUAAGUAAGGUGGCUGCACUUGUGCCUAAAGGUGAACUUGAUGGUGAGAUGGGUGAUGCUCAUAUGGCAAUGCAGGCUAGACUAAUGAGCCAGGCACUUCGCAAAUUGAGUCACUCUUUAUCUCUAUCACAGACAAUAUUAAUCUUUACAAAUCAGGUGAGGGCGAAGCUUUCUACUUUUGGAGGAUUUGGUGGGCCAACUGAAGUUACUUGUGGCGGCAAUGCUUUGAAGUUUUAUGCUUCAGUGCGCCUUAAUAUGAGGAGAAUAGGACUUGUAAAGAAGGGAGAAGAGACUAUAGGAAGUCAAGUUCAGGUGAAGAUAGUGAAGAACAAACUCGCUCCUCCAUUCAGAACUGUUCAGAUAGAGCUUGAGUUUGGUAAGGGUAUAUGUCGGGAAUCUGAGAUCAUUGAUUUGGGAUUGAAAAACAAAUUCAUCACAAAAGCUGGCGCAAUGUACGACUUAAAUGGUCAAAGUUUCCGUGGCAAGGAUGCCUUGAAAAGGUUUUUGUCCGAGAAUAGUACUGCUAUGGAGGAACUUACAGCAAAGCUUACGGAGAAGCUAGUUGAUGAUGUGGCAGCCAAGGAAGCAGAAACAGAACUUAUGGGCGAAGGUCCUGUAGAGGAAAUUGUUUCGCCUGAUUCUACCGACGAAGAUGCAGUUACGGCAGUUGGAGCGUAAGUACUUGGAUGUCCUCAGAACUGUAGAGAAGUGUUUCUCUGUUUUCCCUGGUGGAGUUCGAUGGUAUAGGGGAGCGGCUACUGCAUCCUCCUGAGCAGCUGGUAGAAUCACUAGCUCUCCUUGUAAAUUAAUAUCAUUUGUUAAUCACUAUGUAUGGCAUGGAUGCAGUGAAAUUUUGUGGGUUCAAAAGGGGGCAAAUUUGGGAAAGAUGCAGGAGGAGGGUCGUUACUUAGAUUUCUAGGUUAACCGUCGCAGCUUGUAAUUACUCGUUCAGCUACAGUUUGUAUGUCAGCGAGGUCAAUGUUAUAUAUCAUUUUAUUAACCCAA